AAUAUGAAGUCCCGAAAACCCUUUCCACCAAAUCAGUCGGCUAUGCCGCUUGACCUAUCGACGACGACGCCCUAAAUCAGUCCCAAUUAUAAUCGACUCUCGCAAUCGCCGAUUCCGAUCUUCAGAAAACCCUAAUUCAACCACUGGAGAAGGAUGGGGGACUAUGGCGACGCCAUGAUGCGCAACCAGAACGCCGCCGUUCAGGCCCGCACCAAGGCACAGAACCGCGCAAAUGUCAUGCAACUCAAAUUGAUUGGCCAGAGUCAUCCAACUGGUUUAACCGCUAAUCUUCUGAAAUUGUUUGAGCCCCGCCCACCUUUAGAAUACAAACCACCACCUGAAAAGAGGAAAUGCCCACCAUAUUCAGGAAUAGCUCAAUUUGUUAAUAAUUUUGCUGAGCCGGGCGAUCCUCAAUAUGCUCCUCCAGUGCAGAAGGGUGAGACUCCGACGGAAAGAAGGGCCAGGAUUCACCAACUACGGUUGGAGGAGGGAGCCAAGAAGGCAGCGGAGGAGCUUGAGAAAUAUGAUCCAAGUAAUGACCCCGAUAUCGUUGGAGAUCCAUACAAGACAUUGUUUGUGGCUAGGCUUAAUUAUGAGACAACUGAAAGCAGAGUUAAAAGAGAGUUUGAAGCUUAUGGUCCUAUCAAGCGGGUUCGCUUGGUUACUGAUAAAGAGUCAAACAAGCCUAGAGGCUAUGCCUUCAUUGAAUAUGUGCAUACACGAGACAUGAAAGCUGCAUAUAAACAAGCGGAUGGGAAAAAGAUUGAUAACCGGAGGGUGCUUGUGGAUGUUGAACGUGGUAGAACUGUCCCUAAUUGGCGACCUCGCAGGCUUGGUGGUGGACUUGGAACUACUCGAAUUGGCAGUGAAGAUGCCAACCAGAGACCUUUGGGGAGAGAGCAUGUGCAGUCUGGAGGAAUAUCUCGAUCUGAGGAGCCAAGGGGUGAAAGAGAUAGGGACAGGGAGAAGUCCCGAGAGAGGCCAAGGGAGAGAGAUAGAGAAAGAUCUCGUGAGCUGUCUCAUGAAAGAUCAAAGGAUCGUGAUCAUAGGGAAGAUAGGCACCAUAGAGAUCGUGACAAAACCAAAGAGAGGGAGCGGGAGAGAGACCGUGGCCGAGACCGUGGCAGAGGAGACCGUGAAAGAGACCGAACACGUGACCGUGAUAGGGGUCGGGACCGGGACCGGGGCCAUGAGCGUGAUCGCGUUCGAGAUCGUGACCAUGAUCGUCAUCGUGAGAGGGAUAGGGAAAGAGAGAAGGACUAUGAAAUUGGGGACGACCAGGAUCGUGGUCGUUCACGUGACAGAGAGUACGAGUAUGAACAUCAUUCUGAUUCAAAGCAUGAGAGGGGAGAAAGAGAUAGGAACUAUGGUGGUGUGGAUACAGAAGAUAGUCGUGGGUGGCCUGAUCAGCCUGAGCAUGGACUCGGGCGUCCAGAAACUGAGCAUGACCGUGGGCAUUAUGAAUAUUAUGGAACCCAAGGCCGGGGGCAAUAUGACAAUCCUGACAAGCCGGGAGAAUAUGACCGUUACAGAGAAUAUGACCGUGAUAAGGAUCGCUAUGAUCAAAUGGACGAUGAUGGCUAUGCUUAUGACCGAGCUGCAUCUGAGCCACAGGACAGGGAGUACCGGCGUUCCGAUAGGUCCCUUUCCGGUGAAUAUGAGUAUUGACACUCAUGCUCAGCCCAAAUAUGCCAUGACGUUGCAAACCUCAUGAUCCUGUGUUUCUCUCUUGGCUAUCACUUGAAAUUCCUAGACCAGAUUGUUCUCUGCUGUCAUUUGAAGUUUCUCUCUUGGCUAUCACUUGAAAUUCCUAGACCAGAUUGUUCUCUGCUGUCAUUUGAAGUUGGAUUACGUUGUUUGAGUUUUAUGUAUGGUAGUAUUUUGGUAUGCUCUUCCUAUCUGAAACCUAUUGGUACUUUAGGAUUUCAUGAAUGUCCUCUUCAUUACUCUGUAUUUUGUUAUGUUACAGUUGUGGCUGGAUUUUCCAGAAAACUAGUUUCCAGUCUUUCAAUAUGAUAUCUGGUGUUGUAUUUAA